GCUAAGUGGUGGUGGGUGUGAGGUGGAGAAUGGUGGAGGGAGUUGACAUUAGUUAUUUGGAAGAUUGAAUCUGUAGGGAGAGAAAGGGAUGGAGGAGAUAGAGAUUGGUUUGGUGCUGGGAAUUUGGGAUAGUGAAGGAGGGAAGGUUUUGAGAUUUUGGUUGCCCAUUUUCGGGCCCUAGAGAAGAGGUAGAGACCAGCUUUUAGUAUGGGGUUUUGGUUUGAGAAAAUUGCCCCUCCACGUGAGUGGCAAGUGGUUGCUCCUUUUAAAAAAAUUAACAGAAAUUUAAUUUUGUCCUUCAAUUUCUACAAAUAUGAAACUACAUUGUCAAAAGUGACGAAAGUAAAACUACAAGGUCAAAAGUGGUUGAAGUGCCAAACUAUAGGGACCAAAAGUGACUUUUAGCUUUUAAUUUAUAUCCCAAUUAAACGGUUAUGUAUAUAGAACCAUGAGCACACAUCUAAGCAUCCACACAAGAAAUGCAGUUCUUUACCAAACAAAACUUGAGUACAAAUUUGUCAGUGGAUUCUUCCAUAUCCAAGAUGCUCCAAUUGCCAUCCUUUUCUGUCUUCUUAGCUUCUCUUUUCUUCUUAUUGAUGAUUUUCAAAUACUGGAAGAAAUCUCAAGCCAAAGGCCUGAGCAAGUUGCCUCCUGGGCCAAAGCAGCUGCCUAUUAUAGGGAACUUGCACCAGUUGAUUGGUGCCCUACCACAUCAUGCUGUCACCGACUUGUGCAACAAACAUGGUCCUGUCAUGAAACUGCAACUGGGGGAACUUUUUGCCGUGAUCAUUUCAUCGCCUGAAGCAGCCAAAGAGGUCUUGAAGACGUGCGAGAUCAGCUUUGCGCAAAGGCCAGAAGUGUAUGCAGUUGAAAUAAUGGCAUACGAUCAUUCAAGCAUCGUGUUUGCUCCUUACAAUGAGUACUGGAGACAACUGCGAAAGAUAUCUGUGAUGGAGCUCUUAAGCGCUAACCGUGUCCGAUCGUUCAGAUCGAUAAGGGAACAGGAGGUGUGGAAUCUUGUCGAGUUCAUCGCCUUCUCCGAGGGACAUACCAUAAAUUUGAGUGACAAGAUAUACACCAUGACAAAUGAUGUUGUUUCUAGGGCAGCAUUUGGUAAUAAGUGCAAAUACCAACAUGAGUUUACAUUAUUGCUUGGGGAAAUUAUACUUCUUGCUGGAGGCUUUAACAUCGCUGACUUGUACCCUUCUCUUACAUUUCUUCGUUCCAUGAGUGGGAUGCAGCCUGCAUUGAUGAAAAUUCAGAAAAAAAUUGACGAGAUUCUUCAAGAUAUUGUGAGGGAGCAUAAGAUGAAAAGAGAAGCUAGUAGAAAAAGCUUUGGUAGGCUUGGUGAAGAUGAGGAAGAUCUGCUUGACACGCUUCUGAAUUAUGAGGAGGCCAAUAAGCAUGAGUUUCAUCUCACAACCGAUCAAAUCAAAGCCGUCACUAUGGAUAUUUUUUCAGCAGGAAGUGAGACUUCAGCAACCACAAUGGAAUGGGCAAUGUCAGAGCUUCUGAAAAACCCUAGAGUAAUGGAGAAGGCGCAAUUGGAGGUGCGACAAGUAUUCGAAGGAAAAAACAAAAUCGAAGAGGAAGAUGUUCAAAAGCUACAUUACUUGAAAUUAGUCAUGAAAGAAACUUUUCGGUUCCGCCCUCCGGCUCCUUUAAUCCCGAGAGAGGCAAGGGAAAGAUGUGAAAUUGGUGGAUAUACAAUACCAGCCAAGGCCAAAAUCCUCAUCAAUGCCUAUGCAAUAGGGAGAGAUCCAAAACUUUGGGCUGAUCCUGAAAGCUUUCAACCAGAGCGCUUUCAAGGUUCUUCCAUUGACUUUAAAGGCAACAAUUUUGAAUUGCUUCCAUUUGGUGCAGGUAGGAGGAUUUGUCCAGGCAUCUCAUUUGCUACUUCAAACAUUGAGCUUGGACUUGCUCAACUAUUGUACCACUUUAACUGGAACCUUCCAAAUGGGACUAAACUAGAAGCCCUCGACAUGGCUGAGAAUUUUGGAAUGACGGCUAGAAGAAAGAACAAUUUGCAUUUGAUUGCCACUACUUAUAUUCCUUUCAACAAAUGAGACACUAUCUAAAAGAAUGAUGUAAUAAAUAGAAGAAUGAUGUAAUCUUAUAAUGAAUUUAACUUGCAACUCUCUUAGGCAGCAGUUUGUUGGUUCAGUACGAGAAAAACUUAAUUGCAACGGGGAUAGAACUGUUUUGCUAUCUCCGACCAAUAACGCUACACUAUGUGGAAGUGUUAUCAAAGUGUCAUAGCGCUAUUGGUCGGGGAUAGCAAAAUAGUGUUAUCCCCGUGGCAAGGAAGUCUUUCUCGUUUAGUACAGACCUCCACUUAUCCCUCUAAAAUUUAUCAUUUUGUUCCUU